AUGGCAGACGAAAAAGCUAUUAGUAAAAUUGAAACUGACACUACUGAAACUACUGGUAAUGGCCUAAAUGAACUCGUUCGUAUUGUUAAUAAUCAUAUUAAUCCCGUAUCUUCGUCAUCUGGUUCGACACGUACAUAUACUCCACCUUUAAUGGGUACAUCAGCUCGUGCUGCUAAACGUCGAAUUGAUAGUGAUUCUGGACCAAUACGUAUUGAAGGUACAGAUACAUAUAAUCAACAAUUACAACAUCAUUAUCAAAAUGUUCGACAAAUAUUAGAUGAUCAACAGCAACAACAACAAGAAUUACAUAGUUUAAAUGAUGACACACAACCUGAUUCUCGACAAUCUUUUAAUGCUAAACGAGAAUUUUUUGAACAACGUUUUAAAACACCACCGCCUACAUAUGAUUCGCCACCAAGACAACAACAAGCACAAAAAAUAAUAACAACAAUUACGACAACAACAACAGCAGCAUCAACAAAAAAUACUCAUGAUCGUACAAGUUCGUCAUCGAAUGAAUCACCAUCGGUUGAUCGUGUACUUGAACAAGCCGUGGAAUUACAAAAGAUGAGUAAUAUCAGUCCACAUAAAAAUGAUUUACAAACACCAGUUAUUAUUGAACGUACUGAAGAAUAUCAAGUAUUUUUAGAUUCUUCAAAUCAUGAAGUUCGUCGUACACCAAGUAUUUCACGUACAUCUAUUGUUAAUCUAACUAAAAGUGGUCAUGCAACAGAUCUUGAUCAAGCACAAGCACAAGUUGAAGGUCUUACUGAUGAUCAUCAAGCCAUACAAGAUUUAGCUCGUAAACUUCAUGAACGUAAUGAAACAACACUUAAUGAAUAUAAACGUUUACCAUCUCAAACAAAUCAAAAUCUUUCUUCAUCAUUAUCAACAUCACCAUCACCAUCUGAUGUUCUUAUUGAUCGAACUAAUUUACCAACAUCAACAAAUGAAUUUUCUGUUCUUGAUGCAUUAGUUUAUAAUCCAAUAGGAACAAUAGAUGGCAAAUAUCAUAAUUUAUUAAAUAAACGUUAUAAUGAUAUUCUAACAAAUUUACGAAAUCCAGAAUAUAUAAAUUCCUUGAAACAAUCAACAACAGCAACAACAACAACAAAAAAAAAGAAAGAAGCAAAAAAGAAAUCAAAAGAAAAAAAACCAAAAGAGAAAAAAUCUAAGAAAAAAACGUCGUCAAAAACUGAUACUAUCGAACAAACAGUAGUUACAUCUGAUGUCAACACUCCCGAAUCAUUAUUAACACAAACGACAGAACCAAUUACAACAACGGCAUUAGUCGAACAAACUCCAUUAAUUGAUCCGAAAGAAAAGAAAAAACAAGAUAAAGAAAAUAAAAAAGCAUCAAAAACGAAAUCUAAAAACAAAUUAAAAAAUGAAGAUUAUCAAGUCGUUGAUGCCAUUGUCAGUAGUCCAAUAUCACUUCGUCUGCCAGAUUCUUAUCUGGUCAAGUAUAACGUUAAUCCACCACUAUCUCCAUCAUCACCUCUCCAAGCUAUUCCAUCAUCAGUAACACCAAAUACGGUUGUUACAACAACGACAACUACUACGGCGACAACGACGGCGGCUACAACACCAAAAGAUACUACUAUUCCUGUAGUAGAAAAAAAUCAGACCUUAUAUCAUCUUAUAAAGAUCGUUAAUGAACUUCAAGCACAUCAUGCAACUGCUUUAAAAACUUCAUUAUAUACUGUACCAUCAACAAUGACUACAACAACUGAAUCAAAAGAACCAAUCUUUGUAACUAAACAAUCAGAAUCUAUUAUAAAUGAAGUUGUUAAUCAACAACCAUUAUUAGAAAAACAACAACGUCCAAUAAUUUCUCCUACUAAUCAAGCAGAAACAAAUCUACAAUCUGAACCAAUAAAACCACGUAUUAUUUAUCGUUAUAUGGAUGAACAAGGACGUAUACUUAAAAUAUCAUCUGUACCACCAUCCGAAUUACGUGAACAACCAGCACAACCAUAUGCAUAUUGUACUACAGAACCACCAUAUUUUUAUGGUAGACAUAUUGCUAUUGAUGAUGAACGUCGUCAUCCAUUACCACAAUAUGAACAACAUGCUACAUGGCAAGGUGAACCUAAACUACCUACAACUGUAACACGAGAAGAUUUAGAAUUACGUGAUAGACGUGUACCACAAUUAAGUGAACAAUAUGUACCUGCUGGACGAACAAUACCUGUUUCAGUUGAACAUGGACGUUCAUCAAAAAGUGCUUCUCAACAACAACCUCAACGAAUAUAUCAUUAUCCCAAUCAACAAAAUGUUAAAUUAGCUUGGUUACCACUUUCGUAUCCAACAGAUCAAGUUAUACCAAUUGGUGCUGCUGGUUAUGAUACAGACUCAACAAUUAGUGAGCGUUCAGCAACACAUCGUAACUAUGACUAUGUACCAAUCGAUAGUCAUUAUCGUUAUUCCAAUCGACCACCUCAUGAUGAUUAUUAUUAUAAUCGUUCACCAGGUCCAUCCUAUUAUCGACAGCCACCAUCCGCAUAUUAUGGUGGUCCUGCUAUGUCACCUGAAUAUGGUGGUUUAUCUCGUAAUUAUAUUGAAGUAUUUCGUGGUGGUGAUUUUCGUGAAACAAAACCAAGUGAGGUAUAUUCUUUACCAUUGAGUGAACAAAUGCGAACAUCACCAAAUUAUCCAUCAAGUAGUCGUCAUUCACGUUAUGAUCAAUAUCAAUCAGAAAGAUAUGGUACAAUGUCCAAUCGUCAUGCUAAUGUUCCAUCAUCACAACAAGUAUAUUGUUCUAAUUCCUUACCAAAAUCACGUUAUCAACAUAACAUUCCACCAUCAACUGUACAUGCAUCAUCUUAUUAUACACAUCGUAGUCCAUAUCAUCAUCGUACAGUUCAAAGUAGUCCUAAUCCAGAAUGCAGAAGUUAUGUUCGUCAUUCAAAAUCAUUUGAUUAUCGUCCAUUACGUACAAAACUUCAACGUGAAUAUAAAAUAACACCUAAUUUACUUGUUGAUGAAUGGGAUUAUACACAAGCAUCUGAUAAUAUUAAAUAUUCAACAACAACAUCAACUACAAAUCGAAGUGGUGUUUCAUCACCAGAUGAUGUUUUUAUCAGUAAUCGAACAAAUCAGGCAUAG